AUGUCCGGGCAGCAACCGCCGCCGUAUGGCAACGGGCCACGUGGCUGGAAUCCACGCGCCCACAAUCCAGCCUCACCCUCGCCCUCGUCCUUUCUGUAUCGUCCGCCCUCGCCGUGGACGACGGCGCCGAGUCCGCCGCCCAUUAUAGCCGGGCCGCGACCCUUUGGCCAUGCCAUGUCACCGGCGCCGCUCAAUCAGCAUCAGCAUCAGCAUCCGACCAGCUCGUUCCAGCUGUCGCCCACACCGUCGCCGAUUGUGUGCCAGACGCCGAGCUCGGACUUUACAUACAGCAAUCGACAGACACCGCUGUCCCAUCAAUCCCAGCAAUCGCACUACCAACAGCAGGCCCCUCCGCCCCAAUACCUGCAGCAGCUCCAUCAGCAGGGACUGGGACCACCGAUACCACCACAACCGAGACAACACGGACACGGACUGGCUCAGGACCAGAUCGAUUUUAUCGGCGUGCCGCUGGAGCCUCCGCAGCCUAGAUCCUAUGUGAUUUAUGAUGACGAAGAGGAGUUUGGUCCAUCGACCGCCGAGAUAAUAGCGAAUCAAUCGCAGGACUAUGUCGACGAGAAGCUGGCCGAAUAUCAGAUGACGAUAUUGCAGCUGCAGGCUUUCUGGCAAUCGGAUGGCGGCAUUUAA